CGGCAAUACAAAUUGAAUAAAUGAAUAUUAAUUUUAUUCAAAACUGAUUAAAUUAUAUACAUUUAAAUGCCAACAAGUACAAAAUUAGGGCAUAAAGACUUUGUAGCAUGAUCCAAUAUAGACCUCAGGAAAUCCUAUGUAAAUUUACUGAAAAUAUGUUCUACUAAAUCCAGUAACAUUUACUUAUUAAACAUGCAUAAAAUAGGUUUACAUGUCCUUUGAAAUAAUUGGUUUUUAUUUGACUAAGUACACACAGAUUUAUACUACUCUGUAUCAUAAAGGAAGGUUAGCAAUUUCUUUUCUCAGGACCUAAGGUACCGGACCACAUGCUUGGUAACAUGAGAUAAUAAAGAUAAUACAAAAGCAGAUCCAUAAACUAUUUAUCACCUAGGCUACAUUUUCAAUCCGAUCCGACUAUGAGUUCAUCAGCUGCAAUGGAAUUCUAAUUUCAAGAACUGAAAGGUCACAAUUGAUCAAGAGAUUACUUCCUCUCAUUAGCUGAAAAUUAAGUAGGCCUUUUGGAUUAUCUUGCAAUUAAUCCACACAAAAAGGGAAUAAUCAGCAGCUAUAACAAUGUAUAGCUAUAUCCCUUGAACAUAUUGGACAGACUAUAGAGAAUGAGUUCUAAGACCACAAUACAAUCAGACUGGGAUGACUGUUUCCUUCCUUUGGCUCUGGUAGUCAACCCACCUUCUCUGUACCUAUUUAGGAUGCUCCUUUACAAAGGAAGAAAACCCAUAUCAUAGAGAAAUAAGGGGUGUCUAGACACACAUUUUCUCACACUGCAGUUAAGAGCUGUUGCAGUUGACUUCCUCUUGCUUCUAAUAGGACUAAAUUAUAAAUUGUGCCCUGUUUGCUUCAUAUAGGAUGCUGCUGUAGUUUAUUCUACAUCAAGAAAAAGAAUAGAAGCUAUUAAAGUUAAUAAUAAUAUGUUUUAAAUAUCAUUUCCAUGUUAUAAAUGCUGUCUUCUCAACAAGCAAAUAGCACAGGUAACAAAUUACCACAGAAGACAUGAAUUAUAUUUUACAAUUAUUUCCUUUAACAUUUAUAUGUAUUUAAUAUUUCUUGAAUUCAGAUGUACUUAUGGUUAGUACCUUGUUGGCUUUGUUUGGAUUUGAAAGUGAACCAUCAGACUUCCUUGGUACUUGAACGAUAGACACCAGAAAAUGCUAGAGCCACAGGUUAGAGUGGGGAGUAAGAGAACUCCCUUCUCUGGAGAAGAAAAUGGCAAGAAAACUGUUUGGAUAUAUCUAGAUUGUGAUCAGGAGCUGCGGUUUUACUUGAGGCCCUCUUUUUUAUUUUUAUUUUUUUUACUCCUGGUUAGGUACACACAGGACAGCUGCCUUAACUCUUCACACAUUUUUAAUAGGGACUUCAUACUUCAGACUCAUUGGGAGCCAGGCAGCAUACAAAUUUAAUAAAUAAAAUGCUGUCUGAUCAUCAAGCAGUUACCUAGUAAAAUGCUGAGUUAGAUGUUACUGACUAAAUAAAUACACAAGGGAUUUUAGUUCUGUAAUGUAGAGGUUAAAAGCAUCAGGGCUGAAUCCGGAAAACAGCGAGUUCCAGUCCUGCCUUCAGUACAAAGCUAACUCUGAAAUUUUGUACAGGUACCAGUCACUGUCUCAGCCAUGGGAAGAAGGCACGGGCAAACCACUUCAGAACACCUUGCCAAGAAAACUGCAGGACUUGGGCAACUGCCAGAGUCAAAAUUGACUUGAAGAUUGAUCCUAAAGAUUACAUGUUUUCUGGACUCAAGAAUGAAACAAUAGGACGUUUACCUGGGAAAGUUGCAGGGCAACAGUUUGUCAUUCAGGACUGUGAGAAUUGCAAUAUAUAUAUAUUUGAUCAUUCUGCUACAAUCACUGUUGAUGAUUGUACAAACUGCCAAAUCUUUCUAGGACCUGUAAAAGGCAGUGUAUUUUUCCGUGACUGCAAAGACUGUAAAUGUGUAGUGGCAUGCCAACAGUUUCGUACUCGAGACUGCAGAAAGAUAGAAGUAUUUCUGUGCUGUGCCACCCAACCCAUUAUUGAAUCUUCUACAGGUAUGAAAUUUGGAUGUUUCCAGUACUAUUAUCCAGAGCUGGCUUUGCAGCUGAAAGAUGCUGGGCUAAGCAUCUUCAACAACACAUGGAGCAAUAUCCAUGACUUCACACCAGUUUCAGGAGAAAAUAAUUGGGGUCUUCUAGCUGAGGAUGCUUUAGUUCAAGACUAUGUAGCAUUGCCAACUACUGAAGAACUAAAAGCUGUGAGGAUUUCAACUGAUGUCAACAGGAGCAUAAUUCCGGUAACACAGGGAGGACGGCAAAAAAAAAGUGAGGAAUCUUGCUUAGUAGUGUUUUUUGCUGGAGACUAUACAACUGCCAAUGCAAGAAAGUUAAUUGAUGAGAUGACUGGCAAAGGCUUUUGGCUGGUACAGACUAAAGAAGUUUCAAUGAAAGCUGAUGAUGCUCAGCGAGUGUUCCAGCAAAAGGCAUCUGAAUUCAUCCCUUUACUUGAAAAAGGUCCUGUUGUUGCUUUAGAGUUUAACGGAGAUGGUUCUAUAGCAGCCUGUCAAGACAUUGUUGUUAAUGUCUUCAGUGGAACUAAGGUUUUUGUAUCUGAGGACAAGUUGUCUGCUUCAAGAGAAGUAGACAGUUUCUAUAAUUUUGCUGAUAUGCAAAUGGGAAUGUGAAAGAAAAAAAAGCACCUUACUAAAAGAUGUCUACUUUCAUAGUUGAAUUGAGCAUUAGGUUUGUACAGCACUCUGAAUUAAGUGAAAUAUUUUGAGGUAAAAUAAGAGUUUAGCCUUUUCUUUAUAACAUUGAUUUCUCAAAUAACACUGUAAAAUUGAAGUAACUUCGUAAUCCCUCUUAACUGUGACUAUUUCUUUCCUGCAUGUUAUAUUUUAAUAUUAUAAUAUUUUCAGCUAUAAUGGUACACUAGAUAGAAGUAUAGAUGUUAGAAAGCUGGUGCAUAUUGAACAAUUUUUAUGUAUAUUUGUAUCUUUGGGUGAGCAUAAACUCGAUUUUGACCAUGGUAUGCUUUAUAAAACUGAACAACCAUUAAUAACAUUAAGUAUGUCCUGAAAUUUCAAAAAACUUCACACUGAAAUCAGUAUCAUUCAUAAGAUUUUAAUUCUGACUGAUUUGUCUCAUUUCUAUAAAAUCAGCAAAGAUGAGAAAAAUCAAUUAUUUUAACUUUUGCUCUCAAGUCCUAGGUUCAACAAUGGCUUUCAACAUUAGAUUAUGCUUGGAUGACAUAACAGUCCAAGAAGUGGCAUUUGUGGAAACAGGUGGGGCUUUGCUACGGCUUCUGACAAAUAUUUCCAGCAUAGGAAUUGUAUUGCUCUUGCUGCUGGAUCUCUGUGGGCAUACUGCUUUAGAUUUUUGUGAGGAGUUUAUCCAAAUAUAUUCAGUUCAUAAAUGCAGAUCUAAAAGAAGUGAACGUGACCUGCGCUUCUGACCUCCACUUUACUUAAUAUUCAACAUAAAAGGUUACAAACCUGCUUUUAGUUUAGAGUAUGUAUGACUCAGUUCUGUUUAUAUCUUGUCUGUAAAUUUCAAUUUUCAACCCUUCUGGUUUAGUUUGUACAUAAUGUUAAACCAGGAUUCUUUUAACCUAAUUGUUUGCCCUGAAUCCUUACAUGCAAAAAGAGGUUUAUUUCUGCAGCAAAGCCCUGUUUUAGUUUUCAAAUUCUGUGCUGUUAAAUUAUUCUUUCUUAGUUUGCACACUACCAAAGUCUUUUUCUGAUCCACAGAGAUGCAAGGUAACAGCAGCUAGAACAGCACCUCUUCCUACCUCUUUCUCUUUCUCAUUUUCUCAGAUAAUUUCUUCCUUUUUUCCAUGCUCAGUUCCUCUCCAAAUACCGGGCAGUGGUGGGUAUCAUAAACAGAUUUUGACUGCAGAAAGCUCAGCAUAACAUUAAGCAAAUGGUGAUUCUCAGUAAAUAUGUAAGGCAGAAUCCAGGCCACAGAGGAACUCUAAUUCAACAUCAAUAUCCACCCAUAAACAAAUAAAAACAAGCCCAAAUGCAGGCAUAUCACACAAGCCUGCUCCCCCCCAAAACCCAUACACAUAUUGAAUGACAUGAUCCUUUAAACUCAAAUAUAGGCCGCUCCAAAAUUUCCUCAGAAACGUAAUUAUGGUUAAAAUGAAGUGUGUACACAAAUCUUUCUUCAGUAUUUGAGAUACAUUACCUGAACCACUGAGGUGGUUUAGAAUGGUAAAAUAAAGAUUAUGAGAAUUAAAAAUUAAGAUGGUAAUGCAAUCAGUUUAUCACUUAUUCAGAAUAUAGCAAAAUGGCUCUUAGCCAUGCUGUAGCUGCAGGGGGCUUCCUUUAGUAAAUGUAAAUGUUGGUGCUUAAGGAUUAUACUGUAAAUUUACUGGUAUCUGUAAGACUGAUCUUUUACACAACUGUAAAAUGGAUUUCCUUUUGUGUAGUUAAUGUUCUAUAUGUAAAUAAUGGUUUCUUUCCUAUAUUAGCACUUUAUGUUGGAUAAAGACUUCGUACAGAAUUUUUACCUUAAAUUUAAAUUUUAACAGGAAACAACUAUAAGGGGAAAAAAGAGAGAAGAAAACUUCUGCAUUGUGCAGUGGACAGCCAAUUUGUCUAAUCAAUAGAGGCAUCUCAAACAUUUACUUGUUUUUAAAUUAUCAAAAUGGAAGGAUUCAUGAAUUAAUUUUUGAAUUGUUAUGUUUUAGAUUUGUUUAUGAAUGGAAUUUAUUGGUAUCAUAUAGAAUUUAAGAGGGUUUUGUAUGUUACAGCUUUUAUAUACAACUUGUCUAGCAUUUGUGAAAUGUGUUUUAUAAUAAAUACUUAAAUAAAAG